AGCAGCGGGCAGCUGCCAAGUGUGUUUUCUUUCAGCUUUCAGUUUAACUGAAAUCUGCAAAAAUUCUCUGCUGCAAGAAAAGAGGGGCAAUGUCAUCAGAAGAUGAUGCUGGUGGGGAGGCUCCUGGGGGCAGUUUCUGGGAGGCUGGAAACUAUAGGUGGACAGUGAAGCGUGUGGACGACGGACACCGGCUCUGCAAUGACUUAAUCUCCUGCUUCCAGGAGCGAGCCAAGAUAGAGAAGAACUAUGCCCAGCAGCUAACAGAGUGGUCCCGCAAAUGGAGGAGCAAUGUGGAGAAGGGUCCCCAGUAUGGCACUCUGGAGAAGGCCUGGCAUGCCUUCCUGACAGCUGCAGACAAGCUCAGUGACAUUCACUUAGAUGUCCGGAACCACCUGGCUGGGGAAGAUUCAGAGAAAAUCAAGGCCUGGCAGAAGGAGGCCUACCACAAGCAGAUGAUUGGGGGCUUCAAGGAGACUAAGGAGGCAGAGGAUGGGUUCCGCAAGGCCCAGAAACCCUGGGUGAAAAAGCUGAAAGACGUGGAGACUUCUAAGAAAAACUAUCAUGCAGCCCGGAAGGAGGAGAAGACGGCCCAUACACGGGAGAACCAUGCCAAGGCAGACUCCUCUGUCUCCCAGGAGCAGCUGCGCAAGCUGCAGGAGCGCGUGGAGAAGUGCACGCAGGAGGCUGAGAAGUGCAAGGAUCACUAUGAGAAGAUGCUGGAAGAGCACCCUCGCUACAUGGAGGAUAUGGAGCAAGUGUUUGAGGGCUGCCAGGAAGCAGAACGCAAGAGACUGUGCUUCUUUAAGGAGAUGUUCCUGAACCUGCACCAGCAUCUGAACCUCUCUACCAGUGAAAGCUUCCAUGCACUGUAUCGAGAUCUCUACCAAGUCAUCAUGGCUGCAGACAACCAGGAGGACCUGAAGUGGUGGCGCAACACACAUGGACCAGGCAUGGUGAUGAACUGGCCUCAGUUUGAGGAAUGGUCUCUUGAAACACAGCGGCCAAUCACCAAGAAAGAGAAGAGUGGAAAAACGACUGACGAUGUGACGCUGACCAGCAUUUUGCCUACGCGGGAUGGGGUUGUCUCCCAGACCCCUCUGCAGACAAGGCAAGGCGGAGGGAAGGAAGACAUUUCGGAGUGGUCAGAUGAGGACACUCCCAAGAAGUACUUGGAUACCAAUGGGCAUGAGGAGGACUUAAAGGUACCAGGUGUACGGGUACGAGCGCUGUAUGAUUACACAGGACAGGAGGCUGAUGAGCUGAGCUUUAAAGCAGGAGAAGAACUAAUGAAGAUCAGCGAGGAAGAUGAGCAGGGCUGGUGCAAGGGCCGACUUCUUACGGGCCAGGUUGGACUCUAUCCUGCUAACUAUGUUGAGAAGGUUGGCUCAUGAUUUGCUGCCCUGUUGGUGUCUCAUACCCAUGUUGGCAUCUCCUGGUGAAGUUGCUGCUGGCCAGUCCACUUCUGCAGUACAUGCAGUGACUUCUGGACUCUGACUUGAGGGCACGUAUUCCAUGUAACCUAUGCUUCAUUUUAAAUGCCUAGACCUUUAGGGCUUUUCUAAUAAACAAGGAUGA